AUGAAAAGACAAUAUCCAUUAACCUAUGAACCCUUAAAUGGUACUCUCGAGUAUCCAUCCUUCUUCAGGGAUCGUCUAAACAAACGCAAAAAAAUACAACCAAUUCAAUCUUUUGACACUCUUAACCAGCCAGUGUUACAAGCACAACGUGAAGAGCAACAACGACUAAUUCGAUUAGGUUUGAUCAAUGAUCCAUCCUGUUAUACAUCUGAUACUGCUGAUCAAUCAACACCAGUGGGUACCUCGAUCUCCAAUCCUGUUAUUAUUCUCGAUAGCAGUAGUGAUGAAGAGGAAAUUCAAGAAGUAAUCUAUCCAUUAUCCAAAUCAUCGCAAGAUAGCAAAACGGUGGUCCACUCUGGCUCAAGCGUAACCAAUCCUUCCGCUAGUUCUUACGCCGCUGUUAUUGAUAGUUGUAGCAAAGACAGAAAUAGCCAUAACAACAACAAACCAAAACAUGAAACUUUCUAUCUCCAAAAGAUCAAUCAACUUAUCGACCAAAGUGGGCGAAAACAGGAUCCACUUUUUGACAAUUUGAAGAUUAAAGAUAGUGAUCGUCCUGGAGAAGAAGAAAACAUCGCUGAUUGCUAUAGUCUUAGUUCCGAUGACGAAGAGCUUUUAUCUGAUGACGUCUACAAAAGUUAUUUAACUCUUCGUAAGCCUCCCCCAAGUCGUGGAAUAAUUAAUGUUAAUCGCCCCGCCUCUGAGACGGAUAUUUGCAUCUCUCCUCAUUUAAUUCCUAUUUUGAAAACUCAUCAGGUGGCAGGUAUCCAGUUUCUAUUUAACAAUGUAGUGGAAUCUUUUAAGCGCUACAGAACAAGUGACGGCUUGGGCUGUAUUUUAGCCCAUUCAAUGGGUCUUGGAAAGACGUUACAAGUUGUUGCUUUCAUCGAAAUCUUCUUACGUGCAUUAAGCGCAAAAUGUGUUUUAUGUAUUGUACCUCUAUCUACUCUAGAUCACUGGCUAAAUGAAAUAAAUUACUGGUUGCCAAGUUCUACCUCCGCUCUUUUCUCUAAAUUCAAUUACCAACGCCCAUUUAAGGUCUACCAAAUCAGCAGUAAUUGCAAAUCAUUAAAAGAUAGAGCUAAUAUCAUUAAUGAAUGGCGAAAUAUUGGAGGUGUCCUAAUUAUUGGCUACGAUAUGUACCGUAUAUUAAUGACAAUGUCAGCAUAUCAAAACAACACAAAGAAGGGAGAGGAAGUUGCUUCUCCCGACAGUAUGGAAAUUGCCGAUUUAGAUCUCAUAGAAGAAAAAUCGCAAUACAUUAAGGAUAUUCGUCUUGCAUUAUCAGAUCCGGGCCCAGACUUAGUAAUAUGUGAUGAAGGGCAUAUCUUGAAGAAUGCAGCAACUUCUGUUACGAAGACUUUAAAAGAAAUUAAGACAAAACGUCGAAUAGUUUUAACAGGCUAUCCGAUACAAAAUAAUCUAAUAGAAUAUUGGUGUAUGGUGGAUUUCGUUAGACCUAACUACCUCGGUGAUAAAAAACAAUUUUCUAACAUGUUUGAACGACCUAUAGCUAACGGCGAAUGUGUUGAUAGUACACCAAAUGACAUUAAAAAAAUGAGGUUCAGAUCGUACGUUUUACAGAAAAUGUUAAAAGGCUUUGUACAAAGGCGAAGCCAAAAAAUAUUAAAAGACGCUUUAUUACCCAAGAAGGAAUACGUUUUACUGAUUAGGAUGUCACCUAUCCAAGAAAAACUAUAUAGUACUUUCAUGGAAUGUGUAAUUAAAAAAAAUUGGACCAAAAUUAGCUUAAAGAUUGGCGCUAACGUUUUAUUAGCCUUUUCUGUCUUGUAUAAAGUUUGGAAUCAUCCUGACGUGUUACACCAGGCUAUAAUGCAACAAGAUAAAACCUACCAAUAUGAUAUCUUAAACGAUGCAGAUCGUGAUUUGGAAUUAGAACUUGGAGCUAAUACUAGUAAUGAUAAUUCUGACGUUCAUGGCAAUCACGAAACUAAAGUAACCAGACGUACCAAUAAAACGGAAGACGAAGGGUCAUCUAUAGAUUAUUCAUGGGCGUUUCCAUCGAUGGCGCAUUAUGCACCUGGAGUUCUCGAACAUGGUAUCGACGGUAGCGUACCUAGUCAUGAACGUUCUCGAUUAAUUGAUUUAUUUAAUUCCCCCGACAACAACUCCGUAUGGCUUUUCUUAAUUUCUACCAGAGCUGGUAAUCUUGGUAUUAAUCUUGUAGCUGCAAAUCGUGUAGUUAUUUAUGACUCAGCCUGGAAUCCAUGUUACGAUAAUCAAGCAGCAUUUAGAAUCUACCGGUACGGACAAAAGAAACCGUGUUACAUUUACCGUUUGGUAGGUAGUAACACGAUGGAACAUGUAAUUUAUAAAUGCCAAAUUCGUAAACAAGGCCUUUCACGUCGAAUCAUCGACGAGAGAAAUCCUUGUGCAGUUUUCACUAAAAGAGAAUUAAAAGCUACUAUGCAAUUAGAGGCGCCAUUUGAGCAUGAAUCGUUGCUAUUAGACGAUGAAAACCAAGAGAUUACGCCAGAAGAGGAACGCCAGGCAACGCAAGGUGCCAUAAUCGUACUAGAUCAAUAUUAA